ACACAGAGCAACGCCUCGCGGUAUGCGCCUUUGCCGCGGCAUCGCCUCUCCCAACCUCCCGCCGCGCACAGCAAUAGCGCAAACGAGCGCGCGCCCCUCAACCACAUCUCGCACCGGCGACCGACGACCGACGACCGGAGACUCGAUACGCACUACUGUAGAUCAACAAUGAUUACAUCGGGCUUUACCAACGCGCCUGUCUCGCAAUUCCUCGUCUUCAGCACCGUCAUUACCGCUCUCGUUGCUACCAUCACGGAUACGAGAUACUAUUUGCAUGUUCUGGUCGUGCCGCAUGUAUGGGGCUAUGGGCAGUUUUGGAGGUUUGGAGUGUGGCAGACCAGCUACACGAAUUCCACAGAAGUCCUCUUCGCAGUACUCACGCUGUACCAAUUACGCAUCAUAGAGCGGCUAUGGGGAAGUAGAAAGUUCGCUUCUUUCCUGAUAUCCACCCUCCCAUACACGACGCUUCUACCACCCCUAAUUCUAACCUUUAUCCUCCGACCCUUGACCUUCGGCCACAUGAACCACCUCCCCGCAGGCCCAACAGCGCUUCUCUUCGCCCUCCUCGCAAACUACUACGCCGCCGUCCCGUAUACAUAUCGGUAUAAAAUCUCGCCUUGGGCUCCUAGUACACCCUCCUCCUCUUCAUCGGCAUCACAAUCUGUUCCGGCACUUUGGGCACGCAGUUUGACAUUGACGUCAAAAUCGCUUUCCUAUCUCCCCCCGCUCCAACUCGCUCUCUCGCAGUUUCCGGGAUCUCUGCUUGCAGCCGCCGUGGGCUGGGGCGUCGGCACUGCAUACCGCCGCGACAUGCUGCCUGGCGCAGCCCGCUGGCGUGUUCCUGGGUGGCUUGUUGGCGAGGAGAAGCGCGAUGCAAGGGGCUUUGAAGGGCUGCGCGCACGCUUGGAUGCCGAGAGGGAGCGGGAAGGCGGUGGGGGCCAAGGGCUUGCUACAGGUAUUUUGGCGGGUGAGACGGACCAGACUAGACAGAGGAGGACGCUGGGUGAUGUUGUGGCUGAGCAAUUUAGAGGGAGGUGAACAGGCUAGAUGUUGUGUAUCUUUCUGGGAGACGAAAUGCAGAAGCCAUUGGGUGUUAUUGGCUCUGCUUGUAGAUAUGAUCAUUCCAGACAUUAUAUGCUUAAU